AGUUUUUAUCAUGAAUUAUCAGUUUGUGGCUUGUGCACCGCGUACCGGUUGUUCGCGGGGUACAACUAGCGGGAAUUGUUUACCGACCGCCGCUCACUUCAUUUCGCCACCGGCUUUCUCUGAGUGAAAUCGUACGUCAUGAACAAACUAGUCGGGAUUACUAGGAACUUUUCUAGUUCUGCAACACAAAAUGCGAUCAAAACAGUCACUGUGAUCGGUGGCGGGCUUAUGGGCUCGGGAAUUGCGCAGGUUGCAGCACAAGCCGGCCAGAAUGUGGUCCUCAUAGACGCAUACCCUGAACAGCUGGAGAAAGCCCAGAAGUCCAUCCAGGGUAACUUGACUCGUGUGGCUAAGAAGCAGUAUAAAGAUGACACUGGCAAGAUCGAAAGCUUUGUUAAGGAGUCCUUCGGUAGGAUCCAGAUGUCAACAAAGGUGGAGGAUGGUGUUAAGUCUGACCUGAUUGUCGAGGCCAUUGUAGAAAAGCUUGAUGUCAAGCAAGAACUGUUUAAUAAGCUAGAUCAGUUGGCGCCUGCGCACACCAUCCUGGCCACGAACACCUCCUCUAUCUCUAUCAACGAGAUUGGUGCCGGGAUCAAACGCAAGGACAGGUACGGUGGUCUCCAUUUCUUCAACCCGGUGCCGGUGAUGCGCCUGCUAGAGGUGAUCAAGGGUGACCACAUCUCCGAAGAGACGUACCAAGCGAUGAUGGCGUGGGGCAAGUCUGUUGGCAAGACUUGCAUCACCUGCAAGGAUACCCCUGGCUUCGUGGUCAACAGGCUGCUCGGCCCAUACAGUGCUGAGGCGCUCAGGAUGUAUGAGAGAGGCGACGCGUCGGCCCGAGACAUCGACAUUGCAAUGAAGUUAGGCGCGGGCUACCCAAUGGGUCCUCUAGAACUGGCUGAUUUCACGGGUUUGGAUACCAAGAAGUUAAUCCUAGAGGUUAUGUUAGAGAAGACAGGAAACCCAAUGUUCAGGCCUAUACAAUUGCUGGACAAAUUAGUCAGUGAGGGGAAACUCGGCAGAAAGAGCGGGCAAGGCAUAUAUAAGUAUGAAACUAAAUAAAGAUUACAAAUAUUUAUAAAUACAUAAGAUACGACACGGGAGAGAAAAUAGAAGUAAAUAGAGGCAGGUGAAGACCAAGAAGAAAGAUGGAACAAUUAAAGCUGUGGCAAAUCUUAUAAAGAAGUUUUAGAAUAUGCUCCGCCCACAAGAGCGUGACCUCUAACAUUAUUCCAAAGCAUUUUUCAAU